CUUGUUAUGGGUGAUUCUAUCUAAAGCUGACGUUUUAGCAUUCGUCGCUGGCAGCCUAGCCUACCAUAACGUAAUCGAAAGUUUCGUUCUUCACACAAACCCUUCCCACUCACACUCUUAAUUUACGCUUUCUGUUCAGUUUCGUUGCGCUUGUACGCUACAUUUUCUCCGUCCCUUCCCUUCUCCUCUCUUCUCGACGCAGGCACCAUGGCCGUCACCGUGAAACUAAUGGCUCUCACUGUUUCCUUCUUCGGCCUUUUGUCUUUCAUUUUGGGAGUCAUAGCCGAAAACAAAAAGCCUCCUGCUGGAACGCCUGUGUUUGGCAAGGAUGGUGUCACAUGCAAGUUCCCAGCUGAUCCAACAGUUGCAUUGGGGUAUCUUUCUGUAAUUUUUCUUAUUGCUUCCACCGUGGUUGGAUAUCUCUCUCUGUUUUACCCUUACAAAGGGAAGACUGUUCCACAAGGAGUUCUCUUUAAAAGCACGACUUUUGCCGUAUUCUUCAAUGUUGCAUUGUUUUCAACUGGACUAGCUGCAACUAUGCUGUUAUGGCCAACAAUCACUGAACACCUUCACCUUAAACGCAAUGUGCAUCUUGAUCUCACAUAUACAUGCCCCACUGCUAAAACUGGUCUCUUUGGAGGUGGUGCCUUUUUAUCCCUUGAUUCAUCCCUCUUUUGGUUAGUUGCACUUCUGGUGGCUGACAAUGCCCGGGAGGAUUUUUUGGAUGAAGACAAGGAUGAUAAGCUUGAUGUUGAACUUCCCUCACUUGCUAAUCAUGCUGAUAUGGUCAUAUAGCUGUGAAUAAGCGUCUCCAAAUGUGCAUCUAGCGUGAAAGGAAGGGGUUAUCUCUGGAAUUAUCCACCAAGUGAUGUUGAAAGAUGUAUCUACAUAGACAACGACAAUAAAGUUGUAGUAGGACCUAUACGAACUUUUAAAGUGCAAUUACAGAUUGGUUUUUCUCUUGAAUUAUUCGAGACAUAUGUUGCACAUUUGUUUAUACAAAAUUUGAUUUUUAUUUCUACUUGGGACCAAUUUGGUUAUUCUUGUUUAUUUGGAAAUGAUUAAAUAGUGUUGAUUUUUGUUUUUUAAUUGAUAAUUUGUAAAUAUUUGUUGUUGAUAAUUCCUAUAACGUAGUAUUGCA